AUGGGCUUGGUCGGCAUCAGCCUCGGCGCCCUCGCCUGGUCCCAAACCAUAUCACUCUAUCUUCCUGUCCCCGCUUGGAUCUCAGCAGCAGCAACGUUGCUCACCCCAGUCCUGGGACUCGCCCUCGCCGUCUUUUCCGCCCUAGCCUUAAAGACCACAAGCCAGCGUGACCGUGCCUGGUACAGUACCCGGAUCCAAGGAGCUAUCUCUCUGUUGAAUCAUCUGCAUACGAUACUGUCAACCGUCUUGGCAACACUGGCCUUAGCUUAUAUGUUCCCAGAGAGCUUGCUAUCUUGCAACAUCGAGCAGCAGUGGCAGCAGUUCUUCCAUGUCAAGAACUCCGAAGCGGUGCGUACGAUCCAAGAUAGCCUGCAGUGCUGUGGUCUUCGAAGCACCCGUGAUCGCGCGUGGCCGUUCAAAGAUAAGAACCAUGGCGACGAGGCCUGUGAAGUCCAGCUUGGCUAUUCGAGGAGCUGCAUAGAGCCUUGGAUGGCCCGACAACGGAAAGCUUCAUGGAUGACAUUUGCCGCUGUUCUUUUGAUCGUGGUUCUGAAGGUUGCGGCCAUGUCGUGGAACCGCCGUAAGCCAAGCUGGCUGAGUAAUGAUUUCUCCGAGACGGGAAGUGGCUCUCGAGGGUAUCGUAGAAUUACGAACGAGCGAGAUGAGGCACAUUCCGAAGACAACCUCAGGAGCUCUGAGACCAACAAUGACCUCUCGAGAGGGUGA